AUGCCCCCAAUUCGCGACAAAUUCACCAUCCACUCCAAAGCCGUCGUCUGCCAAGAUGUCGAGCUCAAGGGUGACAUCACCAUCGGCGCAGGCACCAUAGUCCAUCCAAAGGCUACCAUCUUUGCCAUUGCAGGGCCUAUUGUCAUCGGUUCAGGAUGCAUAAUUGAGGAGGGUGCCAUCAUCGUCAACCGACGGAAGGAAGUUAUGCGAAUAGGCGAUGAUAACCUCUUUGAGAUCGGCUGUCGCGUCGAGUCCCCAAGCAUUGGCAGCUUCAACACAGUCUCUGCUCGCGCCCGUGUACAUCACACGGUCCGUAUAUCAUCUCACUGCGUCAUCGGUGCCGCCUGCCUUGUCGUUCCUGUCGAUGACGAGAUCCUCGAUGAGUACACCGUCAUCUACGGUCCCGCCGCUGAGCGUCGUGUGUGGAGUGGUCGCGGCAGAGUCCAGGAGGCGGACCUUCGUCGGAAGCAUGCAGAAUAUCUCAGAGAGAUGCUGCCGAAGUUCAACCGUCUACGUCGAGGAGAUGGCGCGUGA